CUCAACUCCAAAUUUCAACCUUGGGUCAUUCGACCUCAUCUUCGCCAUGGAUCCGCGAAAACUCACUUACGACCUCACAAUGUGGUUGUUCAACCUCAUUAUCAAACUUUUCUUCCGAGAAGUUCGACCAAGAGGUGCCCACAGAAUACCAAAGCAAGGUCCAGUUAUUUUUGUCGUCGCUCCUCAUGCCAACCAAUUUGUCGACCCCAUUCUUGUCAUGCGCGAAUGUGGAAGACGUGUGUCAUUUCUUAUUGCCGAAAAGUCAAUGCAUCAACGUGGAAUCGGCUUCUUUGCUCGUAUGAUCAACGCCAUUCCUGUUGUCCGUUCCCAAGAUCUGGCUGUCCUCGGGAAAGGCAGAAUUCAACUCCUGAACUGCAAGACCGAACCCUUCCGUAUCACUGGCAUCGACACUCAGUUUCUUUCACAACUCAAACCUCGAGACUCGAUAGUACUUCCCAAGAAUGUUGGCCAGGCUGAAGUGGUCGAGAUUUUAUCAGACACAGAACUUGUGAUCAAAAAAGACUUUAAAGACCUCAAAUCCCUCGAGUUGUUGACCUCAAACGAUGGCACACCUUAUAAAUGCAUGCCUCAUAUUGAACAAGAUGCAGUCUACAAAAGUGUCCACGACGAACUCAACAAUAAUGGCUGUAUUACGAUAUUCCCCGAAGGUGGUAGCCAUGAUCGUGCCGAAAUGUUACCACUUAAAGCCGGCGUCACUUUGAUGGCUCUUGGCGCUAUGGCUAAAUACCCUGGAUUAGACGUCAAGAUUGUUCCUUGUGGUCUGAAUUACUUUCACGCCCAUCGAUUCCGUUCUCGCGCAGUAGUAGAGUUUGGAAACCCAAUUACUAUCCCAGCCAAUCUUGUAGAUAAAUUUAUUGCCGGUGGUGUAGAGAAGCGAGAGGCGUGCGGUAAACUUUUGGACACAAUAUAUAAUGCUCUCAAGAGUGUUACAGUUAAUGCUGGAACAUACGAAACUUUGAUGCUUAUCCAAGCCGCCCGCCGCCUUUACAAACCUGCCCACCGCAAGCUACAUAUCUCACAUGUCGUAGAUCUCAACCGACGUUUCUUGAUUGGAUACAACCUUUUCAAAGAUGAUCCAAAAGUCAUUGACCUCCAGCAACGAGUAUUGGCAUACAAUCAACUUUUAAAAUAUCAUGGUAUUCAAGAUCAUCAGGUGUCAAAGACAGAUCUCGGCGGACGUCAUACACUGGCCAUGCUUAUCGAACGUCUAUUCUUCUUAAGUUUACUUGGAUUAUGGGGAUUCCCAGGUGCUGUAUUGAAUCUUCCAAUAAUGGUGGUUGCCAAGGUGAUCAGUGAGAAAAAAGCUUCAGCUGCUCUUCGUGGGUCGACUGUAAAGAUUGCUGGUCGUGAUGUCCUGGCAACUUGGAAGGUUCUGGUAGCUCUCGUACUGGUACCGACUCUCUACGCUUUUUACAGCUUUAUUGUCUUUAUGACCUUUUACAACUCUGACUUGGCUCCCAAGUGGAAGUUUAUGAUUCCGGGUACUGUCUGGGUUUUGUUGUGUUUCACCUCGUACGCCAGUCUUCGGUUUGGUGAAAUUGGUCUCGACAUCCUGAAGUCUCUCAAGCCUUUGGUCAUGUCUCUUUUGGACCCUGAUGGCGCAGAAAUUCUUCGUCAAAGCCGAAGCAAACUAUCACGUGAUAUUACCGACUUGAUCAAUGAGUAUGGACCAAAGGCAUUCCCUGACUUUGAUGGUAUGUGUCCAAACUAA